AACGGGCGGUGGCUCAGUGGGGGCGGUUUGAAUUCGAACGACGCAGGGCGUCGGAAGAGGUUGAGAAGAGUUAAACUAGCGCAGCCGAGGCGAUCGCUGGUGAGGGGCGCGCGGGACCGGACUGUCCCCCUCCCCGGUGGGGUGGCGGCGGCGGCGGCGCCGCGCGCGAGCUGGACUCCCCGGGCGGAGGGAGAGAGGUUCACUUCAGAGCCCAGAACGCCAGCUGCUCCGCCCAGGCCAGCGAGAGUGCUGCAGUGAGGUCCCAAUAUGGAGCAGAAGGGGAAUGCUGAUGGACGGCAGGUGCUGCUUGCAGGGAAGGCCCUUUCCCAGCUGCCUGUGCCUGGCUUGAGGGCCAAGCGAGGGCACAGUGAUGAGAAUCAGCCUCCAACCGAACAGAAACGUGCCCGAAGGCUCCCUGUACCAACCAGGAGGGUGGCAGCCUCCAUCGCCACCACUUGUUCCAAGGCUUCGGCAGCAGCUGCAAUACCCAGGACUCAAAGAGCAGGCCACCGGGCUUCCCUCCGACCAGGACUGACCAUCCCAGCAGCCUCAGUCGCAGACAUCGUCAGGAGGCCGGUGCCUGUGGCAGCAGUUCCAAAGAUGGCAGCCCCUGCCCUAGCUGCAGGGAACGAAGGGAAGAAGCGGGCAGCCUGGGACCUGAAGGGCCAGUUGAGUGAUAUGCGGACCAAGGUGAGCAGCUACAAGGACAAGGUGCAGAGACUGGAUGGGGAGAACCAGCAACUCAAGAGGCAGCUGCAGGAGCAGGUGGUUCAGAACCAGGAACUGAGCAGCCAGGUCAGCACACUGAGCUCUGCGCUGCACACUUGCCAGGAGCAGGCACAGCAGAGGCUCCACAAGGUGAUGGAGCUGUCAGACCUGAAGCAGCAACUGGAGGAGCAGGUCACCAGCCACAGCAGGACCAUCAGGCAGCUGGAGGGGACCAAGCGGGACCUGUCAUCCCUGCUGGAGACCAGAGAGGUGAAGCUAAAGCUGGUGGAGGAUGGCCUGGCCCAGAGGGAGUGUGAGAACAAGGAGCUGAGAGGCCAAGUGGCAGCCCAGCUGCAGGUCAUGACCCAGCAGGAGGAGCGGCUGCACCAUCUGGAGAUGGAGAGGAGGAGGCUGCAUAACCUGGUGCAGGAGCUCAAGGGUAACAUCCGUGUGUUCUGCCGUGUGCGGCCCCUGCUGGCCUGGGAGGAGAGGCAGACGGGACUGGAACACCUGCACUUCCCCCUGCAGGACAACAAGGCCCUGGUGCUCUCCAAAGUGGAGGAGUCCCACUUUGGGCGUGACCGCAAGGGUGAUGUGAAAUAUGAUUUCAUCUUUGACCGGGUGUUCUCCCCUGCUUGCUCCCAGGAGGAGGUGUUUGAAGAGAUUGCGCUGUUGGUGCAGUCCGCUCUGGAUGGGUACAAUGUAUGCAUCUUUGCCUAUGGGCAGACAGGCAGUGGUAAGACCUAUACCAUGGAGGGGCCGGACGACAUGAGCCCUGAGACUAUGGGCAUGAUUCCUCGGGCUGUGCGGCAGGUCUUCCAGGGGGCACAGGAACUGGAGCCCAAGGGCUGGCAGUACCGUUUCACGGCAAACUUCCUGGAGAUCUACAAUGAGUCGCUGCGAGACCUGCUGGUGGGGCGGCCAGAGCGGGGCGCCGAACUGGAGAUCAAGCGGGUCAGCCAGAGCAGUGAGGAGCUGCAUGUUCCGAACCUCCGCUAUGUGCCUGUGGACUCCGAGGAUGAGGUGCUGAAGCUACUGCAAACAGCCAAGGCCAACCGCUCCGUGGCAAAGACGGCUCUGAAUGACCGCUCCUCCCGCAGCCACAGCCUUUUCCAGCUGCGCAUUGAGGGCUGGAACCGGAGCCGGGACCUUCACAGUGUCUCGGUGCUAAGCCUGGUGGACCUGGCAGGCAGCGAGCGGCUGGACAAGUCCUUCUCGAAGGGGGAGCGGUUGAGGGAGACCCAAGCCAUCAACACUAGCCUCUCUACGCUGGGACUGGUCAUCAUGGCGCUUUCCAACAAGGAGCCCCACAUACCCUAUAGGAACAGCAAGCUCACCUACCUGCUGCAGAACUCGCUGGGGGGCAACUCUAAGAUGCUGAUGUUUGUGAACAUCUCUCCGCUGGAGGAGAACUUGUCAGAGUCCCUGAACUCCCUGCGCUUUGCCAGCAAAGUGAACGAGUGUGUCAUUGGAACAGCCCAGGCCAACAGGAAGUGAAGGGUGUCACCAUCCCAGCUUGGCUGCACGGUGCAGCUGGAGCCCUGUGGGAGCAACGCUUUCUGCACCCCACCGGGGCUGUGGGGUGGCGUGUGUGGCUUAUCUUGCGUCUUGUUUUUAAUACUGGUAUGGACUCAGCAUGAGUGCUGGAAAUAAAAUGUCUUUUACA